AUGUACCUGUGGGUGGUCAGCCUUCAGACAGUGCGGAGGAAUCUGUUCCCUCCACUUGUGCAGAGGGUGAUGAAAAUCCUGCUGGUCGAUGCGGAUCGGAGUCUAUCGUGUUGGAUGCUUCCGAGACCCUGGGUGAAGUACCUCAACGUGAUGCUGGAUGUCCACAUGGUUCUACUACACUACCUCUACGUGCUCCUCCUGCACAUCCUCCUGGUUCUGGACCUCUACAUGAUCCUCCUGCACAAUCUCUACGUGAUCCUUCUGCACGUCCUCUUGGAUCCGGAAGGGGAGAUGAUCUGGAAGGGGAGAUGA